UCCCACAGGUGACAGUGCAUGUCAGAGCAAAAACCAAGCCAUGAGGUUGAAGGAAUUGUCUGUAGAGCGCCGAGACAGGAUUGUGUCAAGUCUCAUAAAAGCUCUGCUGUUGCUGGUUCCUGGGAUCCUGACUGAAAAGGAACAUGGAUCAAACCCCAUCAAUUUGACGAUAGUCUACAGCAUCGGCAAUGCACCCAAUGAGACCUACAGUGCUGACAUUGUGUUCAGAGGGAUCCUACUCGGUGCCAUGAGGAGACUGCAGCAGACCAAUGCAGACUUCAAGUUUACCUACACAGAGGACCUCAACUAUGGUCCUUUCCUGGAGAGCGUGAAUGGUGUUGCCGGGAACAGUGCUGAGCACACUUAUUGGGAGCUCCUUGUUCAGACUGGGAAGAAUGGAUCUGUGAUCAGACCUGACGUGGGUAUUGGCUGUUACAUCCCAGAACCAAAUGACCACAUCAUCCUGAAUUUUACAAAAUGGUGAACAGUCAGAAGAAGCACCUGACUGAUACUGGUUCAUGAUUUGAAAAAGUGCUGUUGUCAUAAAUUGCACAUGUGCCAUAACAAGAAAAAAGUAAGGUGUCAUAACAAGAAAAAAGUAAGGUAGUAAUGAACAAUCUUAAGACUGUUUAGAAUGAAAAAUCAAGUUUCACCAUGAUAGUAUAUUAUAUAUAUAUAUAUAUAUAUACUGUUAUAUACCCAAACUACUGUAAAAUAACAUUCCAUUUGUAAUUACUGUGUCAAAGGUUAAUAAAGUAAAAGUAGCUUUGGAGUACCACUUGUACGGGGAAACAAAAUGACUGCAACAGUA